GAGAGAGAGAUGUUCCAGUGUGAGCUCCUGUGAUUGGGUGGCGUGGAUGAGUAGAUGACGGGAAAACUCAGUGGAAGUUGGAGAUGAAGCAGGAGUGACUCCCUAAAAUCGCUCGUCUCUGCGCGCCGCCUGUGCUGACUGUGUUCUCGCUGCAGCACUAUGGCUGAUUACCUGAUCAGUGGAGGGACAGGCUAUGUGCCCGAAGACGGACUUACUGCCCAGCAGCUCUUCGCUAUAGGAGACGGUCUCACAUACAAUGAUUUCCUAAUCCUGCCUGGGUUCAUCGACUUCACCUCUGAUGAAGUGGAUCUGACCUCUGCCCUGACUCGGAAGAUAACCCUGAAGACCCCUCUCAUUUCUUCACCAAUGGACACUGUGACCGAGUCUUCCAUGGCCAUUGCUAUGGCUCUCAUGGGUGGGAUUGGGAUCAUCCAUCACAACUGCACUCCAGAAUUCCAAGCAAAUGAGGUUCGGAAAGUUAAGAAAUUCGAGCAGGGUUUUAUCACAGAUCCAGUUGUGAUGAGUCCCCGGCACACGGUGGGGGAUGUAUUUGAGGCUAAGGUCUGGCACGGCUUCUCCGGAAUCCCCAUUACAGAAACUGGCAAGAUGGGCAGCAAGCUGGUGGGCAUCGUUACAUCACGAGACAUCGACUUCCUCUCAGAGAAGGACUAUGACAGACCGUUGGAAGAGGCGAUGACAAAGAGGGAGGAUUUAGUAGUUGCACCAGCAGGUGUUACGCUAAAAGAGGCCAACGACAUCCUGCAGCGCAGCAAAAAAGGUAAGCUGCCCAUCGUGAAUGACAGUGAUGAGCUGGUUGCUAUAAUUGCCCGCACUGAUCUGAAGAAGAACAGAGACUACCCUCUGGCCUCCAAAGACUCCCGUAAACAGCUGCUGUGCGGUGCCGCUAUCGGUACCCGUGAGGACGACAAGUACCGACUGGAUCUGCUCAUGCAGGCAGGAGUGGACGUGGUGGUGCUGGACUCAUCUCAGGGAAACUCAGUGUUUCAAAUCAGCAUGAUCAACUAUAUUAAACAGAAAUACCCUGAGCUACAGGUGGUGGGGGGCAAUGUUGUAACAGCGGCUCAGGCUAAGAAUUUAAUUGAUGCUGGUGUGGAUGCUCUUAGAGUGGGCAUGGGCUGUGGAUCCAUCUGCAUCACACAGGAAGUGAUGGCAUGUGGGAGACCCCAGGGCACCUCUGUCUAUAAGGUGGCAGAGUACGCUCGCCGUUUUGGCGUGCCAGUCAUCGCUGAUGGUGGCAUUCAGACAGUUGGGCAUGUAGUGAAGGCUCUGGCUCUGGGAGCAUCCACAGUGAUGAUGGGCUCCUUGCUAGCAGCCACGACAGAAGCACCUGGGGAGUAUUUUUUCUCUGAUGGAGUACGGUUGAAGAAGUACCGUGGUAUGGGCUCUCUGGAUGCCAUGGAGAAGAACAGUGGUAGCCAGAAGCGCUACUUCAGUGAAGGUGAUAAGGUGAAGGUAGCUCAGGGAGUAUCUGGCUCGGUUCAGGAUAAAGGUUCAAUCCAUAAAUUUGUCCCAUACCUCAUUGCUGGAAUCCAACAUGGCUGCCAGGAUAUUGGAGCAAAGAGCCUGUCAAUCUUGCGUUCUAUGAUGUACUCUGGAGAGCUGAAGUUUGAGAAGAGGACUAUGUCUGCUCAGGUGGAAGGGGGCGUCCAUGGCCUGCACUCAUAUUCUUUUGUGCCAUUUAUGAGAAGCGGUUAUACUGAGGGUGGCAGCAGAGGCCAGAUGAGAGCAUUCCCCAAUGUUCCUACCCCAACUGUGACCAAACACAACGGAUUCAUGUGAUCCUUACACAUCCUUCACUUCUCCCAUCCUCCCUCCUUCCCCCCGGUCAUCCUUCUCUGAAGAAAAGGUGGUCUGUUGUUCCUUACCUGCUGUGAUCUGGAGUUUGGUCCAGCAGCAGCAGUGCAGGUACCUGCACGCUGACCUCAUAACACAGACCUGAACAUUACUGUGCACUUUCUGCUCUUUCUAUUGCGUGAAACUGUAUCAGUGGGGUCUCUUGGCUUGUGCUGUGUAUGACAGUCCUGUCAUGUCCUCAGUGUAUGAUAGACCUCACAGGUUAGUAUAAACAAUCUAAUGCUUUCAAAUAUCAAGCACUGUGGCACCACAUACUGUAACUUCCUCACCAUGGCACUCUGCAAGAAACACAGACUCCUUUUCUUUGACUAUAAUUUAUAUUGUGGCCACUGUAACCAAAAGUCUUAUCUGUGGGCCUACUAGCAAUAAGCUCUGAUACUGUGACGUGACUGGUUUUUAAGGCACUAAGGGGGACUGUAUGUAAGGCUGCGAAUGGCAAGCUAAAAGUAAUAAGGUUUAUGUGAAUGUAAACCACUGAAAAAGAGCAUGUGGGCUAGUUCACAAGCUGCUUAUUUCAGAAUGCUUCUAAGGUUCUCCCUUUAGCCAGCUAAGAAUAUGGAACCAGAAGCUAAGAAUUAGCCUUAAAAUCAGGGAUCCCCUCAACCUGCUCGCCUUAUGAA